AUGGCGGUGCAAGGAGAUGCUGGGACGAAGGAAGACAUUAAGACACAAUUUACCACGAUUGAGGGAGUUUAUAGAUUGUUACCUCUGUCGGAAUAUAGCAGACCGAAUAGAGUGGCGUACAAUAACAGUGGUGGAAGUGGUACCAGUCCCCCGGUUAGAAUGUCCUUCGUAAAUUUACCCGAGUCCAAUGGCAGUGGCAACUCGAUAAACAGUGAGAGAACCAAAAUAUGUUUUAAUUAUGGCAGAGAACUGUUUGUGUAUACUUAUAGAGGAAUUAAGAAGGCAGUAGACCUAACAAAACCUAUAGACAAGAGAGCAUACAACAAAGAAGAUGUUCCAACAUGUCAUGAUUUCAACACCACUACAGCCAGCGGUGAAGGAGUGUCAUUGCUGGUAGGGUUGUUGGGUGGCCAGGUACAACUCAUAGACCCUAUCACUAAGGAGGUUAAUAAAGCUUACAAUGCUGGAGAGAGACUGAUUGACAAGACAAAAGUAACUUGUGUAAAGUGGGUACCAGGCUCUCCUAACCAGUUUUUAGCUGCUCAUAGUAGCGGACAUAUGUACACUUAUAAUGAAGAACUGUUGUGUGGUGUUGAUAGACCUCACUAUCAGCUCUUUAAACAAGGCGAGGGAUACUCAGUCUACACAUGUAAAACCAAAAGCACGAGAAACCCGUUAUACAGAUGGGUCAUUGGUGAAGGAAGCAUCAACGAGUUUGCCUUUUCACCGUGCUCAAAAUACUUGGCUGUGGUGUCCCAGGAUGGUUCUUUGAGGGUGUUUAACUUUGAUACAAUGGACUUAGUGGGGAGUGCUAGAAGUUAUUAUGGGGGUUUAUUGUGUGUUUGUUGGUCGCCUGAUGGGAGAUACGUUGUUACAGGAGGUGAAGAUGACCUCAUAACUGUGUGGUCAUUUCAAGAGAAAAGAGUUGUGGCCAGAGGACAGGGUCAUAAGAGUUGGGUCACUGUAGUGGCCUUUGAUUCUUAUACAACAUUAUAUAGUGAUAUGGAUGGUUUUGAUGUUUGUAACGAAGACACAACGAAGCAUAAUAAUGUAGGUAAUGAUGUAAGAAGUGGAAAAUCUGUUAAUAGUGCUCCUAAUUCUAAACCAAACUCUAACAGGAACUCUCUGGCCUCUGAAGGCUUAGGAUUGUCUGUAACAAGUUACCGGCUAGGAUCAGUUGGUCAAGACACUUUAUUGUGUUUAUGGGACCUUAAGGAUGAUGUGUUAAGGCAGCCAUACCUACGGCCAAGAUCAAGUACGGUUGUCAGCAGUAGUGGUGGAGUUGGAUCGACUGUGAGUGGUCACCAGACUUCACAGUCAGUGGCUAAUGCAAAGUGCAACAAUGUAAAAGAAUCAUCUGUUGGAAGUGAUGCGUCUCACCAUUCGCACUCCACCAAUUCACUCACAGCCAAGUUGGCCAACCUCAACUUUGGUGAAAAGAAGGACAAAGAAAAAGGGGAAAAGGACCAUAAAAGAAGCCUCAGCUUAGCAUCAAAAAACUCGACACCUAAUUGCAAAAGUUCGGUGAACAAGAAUCAAGUAGGAGGUUCAACUGUUCCACCAGAAGAUUCAUGUAAGACUAUGGGUACAUCAAUAUGUCCACGAUUAGAUGAGUGCCCAGUUUUAGAGCCAAUGAUUUGUAAAAAGAUUGGGCAUGAACGGCUAUCCGGUCUAGUGUUCAGAGAAGACUGCCUCGUCACGUCCUGUCAAGAUGGCUGUGUCCUCACGUGGUGCCGGCCAGGGAAGCAGCCUGGUAAUAAUCAGCAUUCUACACCUAGUCCAACCAUAGCUGUUGCCAUGGGAGGAGGUCCAUUACCCUCAGGUGGAACAGUAGUGUAGCCUCAAUGAGUGGUAUUCAGUACUGCAAACUCCUGGACAACUGCUACAAAAUUGUGGCCAUCCCAGCCUCCUGUUUGAGGAGCCUCGCAUAGUGUGGGAACAACUGGUAUAGAACAUGUGGCAGACACCUGAUACACACCUAAUACACAUAAGUUGUUGAACUACAGUCUAGAAAAAGGAUGAUGUUUUAUGGUAUUGUAAAUUUUAUUAUUUACUACUGUAUUACCCAGAUAUAUAUUAAAAAAGAUUUUCACCCUAACAUUGUCCUGGAAUUCUUCAAAUCUGAAUGUGAUAAUAAAUGUACAAUACUGUCUUAUCCAUCAGUUGACAUGAUUAGGUCAGUUGCAAAUGCUAUCACAGGAAGAGCAGUAUUCUUAGCAAAUGGAAAACUAAGAAUGUCUAGCGAAAAACUUUCUUUGGAACUGGUUUUUCUAAUGACAAGCUGUGGUUAAAAGGAGUUGUUGUGAUUGCCUAUGAUUUGCGGCUUAAAUGGAAGGGCACAUAUGUAUUAUACUUGUAAGGGUUAUACAAUGCUUCUUCAUAUUUCUGUGUAUAUAGUCUUGCUUUAAAUAGGUGUACAGUCAAGUUUCCUUUGUAAAUCAAUUGAGUGAUAAAUUAUGAAUAAUAUUAUUAACUACUAUUCAAAGACUAUUUCUCUGUAUCAUAUAUUUGGAUAGACAAAUAAAUUGUUGAGAAUUUA